UGCCCGGGUCCUCUGCAGCUGCAGAAGGCUGGGCUGGGGGUGGGGGUGGGUAAUGAGCCUGCCCAGGCUGGUUAAUGUCUAACCCAGCCCCAGCUCUCGUCCAGGACAGAAGCAGAGCAGGCUGGGAUCCCUAGGACUGAGCAGCCCGGCUAGGCUCAGGGACCACCAGGUAACGGCCCCAGGUCCCGGCCCCCAGUCUGUGGAGAAAGGGGCAAGAGUCUGUACCCGUGGGCCGCCCUCCUGCCUUGCCCUCUGGGGCCUAGAGGAGGAGCAGAAGCCCCAGGUGCCUCCCUAGCUCUCGGCUAUCCAGGAUAGAACCAGUGUAGGGUAGUUCCUUCCCCCUGCCCUGGGCUGGAGAGGUGGGGGAGGGAGAGGGGAAGGAAGCCACUAGGCAGGGGGUGCCUCCAGGCCUAAGCCUCUGACGGGCCUCUUCCAAGCAGCCAUCAGGAGGAAGCCCGGGAGAAGGCGGACUCUUGGACUUCCUGCCCAGCGGAAGGAGGACAGUGUGUGCUGGGGGGGCAGAGCAUGGGCAAUGACGGCUCUUCCUCCUCCCAGAGUCCCCUCUGUGGUGUAGAGGCUCCCAGCCCGGGCCUGGCACUGGAGGGGGACACCUCUGCCACAAGAACAGGGGCUCGUUGCAGCUAGACGCCCAGCUCAGGGCCCACAGUCUCUGCUUCCAAGCCAGCAGUGGGCCAUGCAAACAAGAGUCAGAUAUACAAACAUACACAAAGCUGCUGCCAGGCCUCCAGAGCCUCGGACUGGGGAAUGGUGGGAGGGGCAGACCCACCCACGUGGGGUCUGCUCCCGUGCCCCCCGUGCUGUCUCUCAAGGGGCAGGUCCGGCCCACAUUGCCCAUGCCCCUCGGAGGGAUGAAGGCAAGCCCCCAGGGGCCAGGAGGGGCAUCCCCAGAGUCAAAUGUUCUGUGGCAGAGAAGUUAAGGGCACUCCCACCUGCCCAAUCAAGCCAGGGCAUCCAGAGCUCAGGCCAAGGACCGCGAGGAAGGGGCUACUCACCCAGAGUCCCCAGGAGUCUCCAAAGGCCAGCUCAGACCGUCCCUCCUAGCCACCACUUUGUCUCCCACACUGGGAAGAAGUUUCUCCUGCAAGGCAAGAGAGGGACCCCCAAAAGCUCAAGCUGCCCACCUGUCACCUACCACUUGCCUUCCAGACCCACGAAUCCUGAGGCUCGGGGGCAGUGCCAACAGAGACCCAGGAAGAUUGUGUUUGAAGAUGAGCUUCCUGUCAAGACCCCUGGAAUGAUUCCUGGCCUGGCUCCACAGCCAGGCAGAGGCCCGAGUCUUCAGCCAGGGAAGGGCCCAAGUCCUCAGCCAGGCAAGGGCCCCACAGGGUCUGGUCCGACACAUCACCCUGAGCACACUCCCCAGCCUCAGCUGGUACCUGACUACAUUCUGAGAUACCCGGCAAUCUCCAGCGCAGUGGAGAGGGGCCGCUACAAGGCUGUGUUUCAGGACCAGCACGCCGAGUACCUGAAGCUCCACCAGGAGGUGGCCACGGCCACGGCCAAGUUCCAGGAGCUGGAGGCUCUGCUGGCUACUUUGCCCCGGCCAGGGCCCAAGCAAGAAGCCCGGCUUGCCUGGGUCCGGAGAGAAUUUGAGAGGAAGAAAAGGGACCCAGUUUUCCUGGAGAAGCAGGCCCGCUGUGACUACUUGAAGAGAAAAUUGAGGCACCUCAAAGCACAAAUCCAGAAAUAUGAUGAGAAAGAUUCCCAGGAUGGCUCCAUUUAUUUCUGAACGGAUAUUGCCCAUGCCCAGGCAGAGACAGCUCCAGUAGAUGGGACAGAUGAGAUGCAAGGGACUCUAUAGUCCUUCUUCACCCAUGAAGAAGGGAGCUGCCUUAGCUAGGGCUGACACUAGUAUUUGUCACUGAGAACAGACCUAUCUCAGCCUCCACCCCCACCUUAGGGGAAUAUCAGUAUUUGGAAAAUGAAUUUUGGGUAUAAAUGUCACUAAGUAGCCUAUCCAUUGGUGGUGCACCCAUGGGCUGGGGAAGAAAUACCUAGAGAGAAGAAGCUUCUGAGAAGAGGCAGCAACGGGACAGUUAGACUGGGAGUCAAGGCCCUGGAGGGCCAUUGAUUUAGCCCAAUCCUGGGCAAAGCUUUUCUCCUUCACUUUUUUCUUCUCUCAUUCAUUUCAUUCAUUCUGUUCAAAAUGGAGUAUUAGGAGAGAUACAUGAACUAUGUGGUCUCUGAAGUCCCAAAUCCAGCCCAAAAAUUCUAUAUUCUAGCACAGGGGUCCUCAAACUUUUUAAAUAGGGGGCCAGUUCACUGUCCCUCAGACUAUUGGAGGGCCAGAUUAU